UCGACUACGCCCAAACCCGGCAUCAUGGCGACAACAGGUGCCAUUCCACCGGCCGAGGAGGCAUGGAAGGCCGCCCAGAAGCUGCGAGCUGCGAUCCACAAGGAAACUCAAAGCAUCCAGCAUGGCGGACCGGGUUCGAACGAGGAGGCUCGCUUCCAAAAGAUCGAGAAGCUAAUGGAAAACUACCGUCUCCAUUGUGUUAGCAUCAUCUGGACUGACAUUCGCGCGGCGAGCGAACUGGAUGUCGAGCAGACCCUCUGGAGCACCCACAGCAUGGUCACCAAUGCCUACCGAAAUGCCAUCGGCAAAAUUCAGGGACCUGGUCAAGCCGUCCACAAGCGCAGCAUAGAGAAGCUCUAUCUGGCCUUCCUCAAGACGACCCAAUAUUUCUACAAGGGCUAUCUCCAGCGAGUGUGCGCCCGCUACAACAUGAAACAACUAAAGCGUAUUGCCCGCAUGGCCGACCUGGAGGACAUGUCUGUGCCGGAAGAAGACAGGGUCGACGCUACCGCUGCGAAUCUAGAGGGGCUUGUCACCGCGUCCUGCCACAGAACCUUGGUAUAUAUGGGCGACUUGGCCAGAUAUCGCACCCUCAUCCGCUCCAAGGAUCGCCGCUUCGAUACCGCCCUGGCUUACUACUCAAUGGCCAAUGACCUCGUGCCAGAGUCUGGAUUUGCCCAUCAUCAGAGUGGACACAUUUAUGCCACCCUCGAGAACCAUCUGGAGGUUGUUUACCAUUUUUACCGCGCCAUCGCCUGUGACAAGCCGCACCCGAAUGCCCCGGCCAACCUUGAAACCGAGUUCAAAACCCUUCGAAAGCGGAAAGCUGCUGCCGCGGCCAAGGGUAGUGAUGAUGCUAUGAUCUCUUGGUUUGUCAAGCUCCAUGCCUUUUACUCAAAGGGCGAGGAGUUCAACGAGCGUAAGGAACUUGAAGCCGAGGUUGACACGCGUUUGGCUUUGGCUUUGACCAAGAGCAACCAGGCCGAUGUUACCAAAGUUCUUCUCAAAAUAGUCCUCAUCAACAUCACGGCUUACGUUGUCGGAAAGAAGAAUGUUGAAGCUGGCUGGACAACCGAGAAAUCUCUGUCCUGCCAAUUUAUCCUGUUGCAGAACGUUCGGGUCAUCCAUACGAUCUCCCGCAUCCUCCACGAGGAAGUUCAAGAUAUCCUGCGGCGUCCGGCUGCCCCUGGUGAUGCUUCCACGAGAAAAGCGGAUACGACCAGCAGAUAUACUGCCACCUUCCAACGCACGCUGCCCCUAUUGCGCGUGUAUAUGACCUGGCUAUGCUCCUACAGCAAGGACAUCGUGGAGUUCCAGGCCUACCUGGAGCCGCUUUACGGAAACAUGUGCAAGGCUCUCGGCCGCGCGCUCACCGUUCUGUUCGAGUUGUGGCUGAGCGAUACCAAACUCAAGUCUAUCGUUCCAUACCAGUUCCCCGAGGACGAGGAAACCAUCGGUAUCAAGUGCCUGAACGGGCCCGACCUUCAUGACGGCUGUCAACUGUCUUAUGAUCCUACCACCUGCAAGCCGAAGCCCAGAGCUGAGGACGUCAAGGAUGCCAGCUUUACGGAAGACGACAUUGCUUUCACUCGCAUCUUCGAUGUCCUCUUCUGUGCAAUCGACCUUGCUGAACGCUCGGCUUUCCCUCUCAUGGUUUGCAAACUUAUGGAGAGUUCGCGUGAGGUCACCAAGUUCGCGUAUGCAGAGGGCGGAAAGCAGGAGUCCGUUGCGCAACCUGAAGUCGAACAACGACCUGCCUGCGAGACCGGACUUCCGGUUCCUGAGCAUAUCCCGUCUCCCAUAGUUGAGCAGGUUCCCGUGGAUGCUCCGAUUGCGAACCCUGUUACGGCUCCUGUGGCUGCCCCAGUUGCCGCUCCUGUCACGGCACCUAUUGAGGAGGUUGCCCUGGACAGCUUUGACGAGUUUGCUGAAGAUCGUGAUUUCUAUAGAGAUCCGAAGGAGAUGCAGCCUGCUGUGAGCCGGGCUUCUGCUUCGCGGCCACCAAAGGCACCCCAGGCCGCUUCAAACUCCGAGUACUCCAUCGACGCCCAAAUGUAUCAGCUCUUGAGCGAUUUCCUUGCUCCCCCCGAUACCACGGACCAUACUCGGAAGCCCAGCAGCCAUGGACCAGACGAAACUUCGUACGGAAUUGGUUCUGUCACUGCCAACGAGCUUCGCAAUGCUUUCGGGUCUCCUAGCCCAGGCUCUGGCUCGGGGCAUGGUUCUGCUUCGGGGUCAGCUCCGGGGUCAGCUACUGCCAGAGGAUACCAGCAAUUGCCUUGGAACUAUUUCUACACUCCUGCGGCUGCUGACAACGACGUCCCGAGGUCUUCCGUGGGCCGUGGUACUCCCGGUCCUUGGGGAGGACAUGGAUCACCAUAUCUGCAUUCUAAGAGCAUGAGUAACACCGCAAUUCCGUCAGGAGCCUCGAUUACCACUGGCCCUAGCACUGUUGAGCAGCAACUGGCCAACCAGCUGGCCAGCCUUAUCCCGUCCACUUCCGCAAAGCAUCGGUCUGCUUCUCCCCGCGGCGUAUGGCCGGAGCUGGGACAGACAUCAGCUUCGCAUUCGAGACAACGAUCCAAUGUCGGCGGGGCUGGUUCCAGUUGGAAUCCUGCUGUCGGCAACCCCCCUGGGCUGUGGGGUGACAUGCCCAACUCCCCCUUCUCCUCUAUGUCCUUCUCGGGUGCAACUUCGAGCCUGCCGCCAGUGAAUAGUCCUUGGGGCUUGCCAGCAAAGUCCCACUGGGACGCUAUUCCCAAUCGCAACCCCGGCGUGUCGGCGGCUCCCAAGUCCGCCGGUUUGGUUGGUAGGAUUCCCCCAGGCUUCGGACCUGGUCACGGAAAUUCGAGCCCUAGUGGCGCAUAUGGAAACGGAGGACAGUUUGACGCGGUCAACAGCUUCGGACAGAGUGGCAUGGCUACCAGGACCGCACAUCAAAAUGCCUUCAACCAGUCAAACGCAGACACAUAUGCCACUUCUCAGGUGGAGGAGUACAAUAGGCAAGCUCUUAUGAACGCUUGGGCUAACGAAUACGGGCGCACCUCGGCUGCCUUCGCUGCUGCACCUCCAGGCUUCGAAGCUGGCGGAAGACCCCAGCCCCCACCUGGGUUCCCCAAGCGCUGA